AUGGAUGACUUGGUGUCGGCAGCGCUAGACUGGAUGAUGCGCAUGCCCCCUGAAGCCAGGGAUUUGUUUUUCUCAUCCGAAAAGUUCCAGCUGAUUGCCCCUAACGCCAAGCUUUUCAGACCCGAAAAAGUCCCCGUCCAUACUCUUCUUUUCCAGGAAUGGUCACGAGCACUCGUCUAUCUUCUUGCUGUCCCUGUCCCACAGCCUGAUAUCUUCCAAGUACCAAACGAACGCGGCAGUCAAGAUGAGGCCCGUUUCUCUACUGCGAUCCAAAGGGGAAGUCGCAUCAUGGGCCAAGCAGUAAAACCCAUCAGUGGCCACGGUGCUACUAUUCUUGACCUGCCCAUGGAAAUUAUUCUACAAGUUUUUGAAGAAGUUGAAUGCAUGGAAGACCUUAUUUGCCUUGGCCUAGCCAGACGAUCUUUCUGGGCUAUUGCUCGGCGACGCCUCCACGAUUACUACAUGUCGCUCUGGGGUAAAUGGGCUGACGAGAAUAUUGUUUAUGUUGGAGAGUACACGCAGCCAGGGGAUGUCCCCCCUGGAUUGUUUUCGGAGGAAGAGAUAGAUGAGCAAAUCUCAAAAUCAAUCCCACUUUACGACAUUGGCAACAAAUCUGGCUCCAAGGAACAAAAGAUAGAACUCAUCCAAGACGCGUCCAUACGCCUAUAUGAGGCGUGCAAAAAACGAGACAAGUCGCAUGAUCCAGCAUUCAACUUGGCCUACUCGGAGAUCGUUUGCGAAGACUCAACCUACUUCCCGGAGAAUGAGUCGUGGAUUCUCAGAAAUCUCACUAUAAAGGAGUUUAUUCGCUCUGAGGCCAUUGCAAUUAAACCAGAAUAUAUCCAUGGCCCUUUCAUUGAGUACUUGGGUUUUCACGAAGUCAUCGUGUCACGCGCCAGUUGGUCAACAUUUUCUCCAACCGUGAUGGCAGACCCGACGGAGAUCACCCGGGGAGUCUGGGCAGGACAUCGCUUCGACAUCACAACUCUUGCUAGACACAACUUGGACCCUCAGGCUACGGAGUGGCGAGAUGUGAGCGAAGAGGUAGCAAAGGAAACUGCUUCUAUCUGGCGGGACAAUCAUGGCCCUAAUUGGCGUAAGAAGUACGUGCAACUUAAAAAAUGCCAACAAGCUGAUUUCGAUCUUUGGCUCGGAGAUUUUGAUUAG